CCCUUUAUAUCAUAUCCUAGACCACAAAAGAAAGAAAAAAAAGAAAGCAUGAAGCUACCAUCUUCAUUAUUAUCGACGUCUCUCGUCGCCGUCCUCUUCCAUGACCACUUCGCCCUCGCCCAGAACUGCGUGGCCACCGCGCUGUCCGUGAUCCCCAGCUGCGCCCAGAACUGCAUCCUCAACGGCGCCACCUCAGUCGGCUGCGGCGGCACCGACUUCGACUGCCAGUGCCAAAAGACGGCCGCCCUGUUCGCUGCUGUGGACGGGUGUGUGGCUUCAGCAUGUCCUUCUGCCAGUUUCCAGGCCGUCAUUGACGGUGCCUCCACCGUGUGUGACUGUGCAUCACCUGCCGUGCUAGCAGGCGCCGCAGGAACAGUCUCCGUGUCAGGCAGCUUCAUACCCGGCACCGUGCCCGCAAGCAACAGCGCCACCGUUACCGGGGCAUCGGCGACGGCGACGCCGACGCCGACGACGUUGACAUCCGCCUCUUCCACGUCCGGGACUGUGCUCACGAGCGGGUCGGGAACGACGGCCACGACGGGUAGCAGCGCUGGCCAGGGCAGCAGCCCAACCUGGACUGGGUACAGCAGCGUGGGCACCGUGGUGACAGCGUCUGUUGUCGGCGGUGCGGCGCGGCCUACGGCGCCGGCGGCCUUGGAUGUUGUUCGCUAUGUGGUGCCGGUUAUGAUCGCUGGUGCUGCUGUGCUAUGAGACGGCGUGUGGGAAGGGAAAGUCUCUUUGUGAUGGGGGGCUUUCUGGGAUUACUAUUAUUCUUCAUGACCUGGCAACGAAAUUAUGUGUGGAUGGUGAAAAAGGGAGGAGAAAAAGGAAUUUUGGGGAGGAGGAGCCAUCACGAUCAUUAUCUUCAAGAAGGAAAGAAGAACGAGGGCGAGAAAAAGCCCCAUAUUGCGCCGUGGAGGCGAGGAGGACCACCUUAACAGACAGGGGAGAGGCUCCGAGAAACAAUGGCAUGCCGGAGGAGAUACCAAGAUAGAGAAGAAGGGAUUGGAAAGGGGAGGUGCAUUUUUUUUUAGACGAGUUCGAACGUGGUCCCCGAAGGACUGCGCGGCUCCCACAUAUCCGACUACCCUGCCGACACCACGCGCAUCACUGGUCCCUAUCGACGCCUCGAUCACACGACAAUCCUCGACGAAACGAGACUAAAGAGCGGUUGCUGCACCCGAGAAGAAGGAGGGGCAAAAAAAAGAACGGGGGCAAAGGCAGCCUGCUCAUGUCUCGUUGGACGAAGAAACCUUCUGGAACAGACCUCAGCUUUUCCAGAAGUGUCAGCACCGAGAAGGAUGAAGAGGCCACAGAUGAUGUGUGGUGUUGCGCAAGAUCUCUCCUUACAUGGGAGGUUUAUAUACAAGCUUUUGAAGCUCGAAUAUUAGCAUUGCUAUAAUAAUUAUAAUCACUUCAAACAACACC